CCACGGAAGGAAUCAACACUGGAGCCCUCGAUGGUAAACGUGUGUUUUGCUAUGUUGAGCAUGGAAGUGCAGAUGGACGUGAGCUGCUGUAAAUCAGUAGGAACUGAUCUGUCCAUGCUGGAUAUUGAGGAUUUCAUUAGUCAAAUCUGUCAGCUGAAGAAAGAGGUGGCGUCGCUGGAGGCCAAGCUGAGAGAAAGAGGAGAGAAACUCCAGCCAGAGCGUCAGGAUUCGCUGUGCGGCGUCAGUGAUCAGAGAUCCAGAGACACGCAGGACUCAGAGCUCAGCCUGACUUUACUCUGUUAUACUGACGCUCAGGAUCAUCAGAGCUCUGAGCCAAACACUGGAGAAGAGCAGACCACCCUGAAGAUGUGCUCCGUCAGACUGGAGGACUGCAGGAACCUGAUCCAGAGCACAGAAAACACUACAGAAGAAGAUCAGAGAGAGCAGGAGGAGGAUGAUGGUGAUAAUGACGAAGAUGGAAAACAUGAUGAUGAUGGAAACGAUGAUGAGGAUGAUGAUAAUGCAGAAGAUGGAAAAAAUGAUGAUGAUGACUUUAUUCCUGCAGAUGACAACAUUGGAUCGUCUGAUGAAGAAGCGCCUUUAACUUCAAAAGAUGAGCUGAAGGCCAAGAAGAGUUUCUCCUGCACCUCCUGUGGAAAAACAUUCGCCUGUCAAAGUUAUUUAUUGAUUCACAAAAAAAAACACUCAGAACCGGAGGUCUUCAUCUGCUGGAGAUGUUUUAAGACUUUUCCUACAUUACAGGAGAAAAAACUUCAUGUACAAGAGCAUCUGGCAGAAAAGGAGUUUCACUGUGAACAGUGCGGGAAGGACUUUUUAUUUUCUAAUCAACUAAAAGCUCACAUGAAGACACACAGCGGUGAACUGCGUGUCCAGUGCGGCGAAUGCAGCAAAUCAUUCAGCACCAAAGGGAACCUGGAGGCUCAUAAGAGAAUCCACACGGGCGAGCGGCCGUAUAAAUGCCCUCACUGCGAGAUGAGCUUUAACCACAAACCCCACAUGAAGAACCACAUCCGCAUUCACACCAAUGAAAGGCCGUACCAGUGCAGCGAGUGCGGAAAAACCUUUGGAAACAUGACCAGUCUAAGGUCACAUCUAAAAAUACACUCUGAGGAAAAACCUCAUCAGUGCAAAUACUGCGACAGACGAUUCCGGCAGAAAUCAGCUUUGACUUCUCAUGAGAAGACUCACAGUGGAGAGAAACCGUACCUGUGUGCCGAAUGCGGGAUGAGGUUUUAUUCUCAGGCUCAAAUGGUUUAUCACCAGAGAAUCCACACUGGAGAAAAACCGUACCUGUGCAACAUCUGUGGGCGGAGUUUCAAUAAACCAGGCAUCUUGAUAAACCACAUGAGGACUCACACUGGAGAAAGACCCUAUAAAUGUUCACACUGCGACAAGACGUUUGCACGAUCUGAUGUGCUGAAGACCCACGAGAGGGUUCACACCGGAGAGAAACCGUACCGCUGCUCCAUCUGCGAAGAGAGGUUUGCGUAUUUAGGAAGUUUUCUGAGCCACCAGAAGAAACAUGGAGGAGAACGAGUGGAUGCGUAGAUCAGCGUAUGAUGUAGAAUUGACGACUGAGUGUUUCUGGCAGCGUUUCUCAAUCCUAGUCCUCGCUCUCCACUGCUCUGCAUAUUUUGAUAUUUUGGAAAGAAGUUAAAAAUGUGCACUGUUAGCUAUUGACUUCCAUAUGUGUUCUUUGUAAGAUUAUAUUGUCAUAAGUGUCAUAAACGAGUAUAUGACUGCGUUUAUAAUCAUCUACUACUCUAGUAUGUACAUGUAAAUACAAAUUUACUACACAACCAUUAUAAAA